AUGAAUACACUUUUAGGUUUAAAACGGUUAUGUGGUAAUAAAGAUAAAAUAUGUAAUAAUGUUUUAAGAAAAUGUUAUAGUAUUAAAGGGAAUAUAACUAAAAGUGAUAAGGAGGAAUUGAUAGAUGAGAAUAUAUUUUAUGAAAAAGAGGAAGGGAAAAAAGGAAAUUUAGGAAAUUAUUAUGUUAUAAGAGAUAUGAAGAAUGGGAAAAUAGGCUUUGUAUAUAAUAGAACAGAUGUUUUUGAUAGUAUGAGAAAUAUUGAUAUGUUUUAUAUGAAUAAAUUAAAUAUUGAUAAUAAAAAGGAUAUACAUCCAAGUAAUGAAAUGCAUUAUGUGAAUGAAAGGAUGAGAAAUAAUUUUUUAUAUAAUGAAAAUAAGAAAUAUAAUUUAUUAAAUAAUAUAUUUAAUUUAAAAAAGUAUAAGGUUUGUAGAAGAAAAUCAUUUAAUGGAUUAGAAAAUAUCGGAAAUUACAAAUAUUUCAGUUCAAGGACAGGAUUUAAUAAUAAUACGAUGAAGGUUAAAGAUAAAUGUGAAAAGAAUAUGGGUGUAGAUAAUAAUAAAUGUGGUGUAAAAUAUAAUAAUAUAGAUAAUAAGAGAAUGGAUAUAAAUAAUAAUAUAAGAAAUAGAUUAUUGAAGAAGAAUAAAUUAGGUGAUAAUUUGAUAAAUAAUAAGGAGAGUAAAACAUUAAAAGAAAUAUAUUUGGAUAAAAAAGAGAAAGAGAAAUUAAUUAAGAUGUAUUUAUUAUUAAGUUUAUUAUUAAUGCCAUUUGGAUAUAUAUAUAUGUAUUGUAUAGAAAAUGAUAUAACAGUAGAAGAAUUUAUAAAAAUGAUGAAAAAAAAAGGAGAUAUAUUAGAAAAUAAAUAUAAUGAUAUAUUAAAUGAAUUUAUAGAUAAAUAUUUCCCCCUAAGUAAUGAACCUUUAUUACCAGAUUUUAAAGAUUUGAAUUAUCCAGAAAAUUUACCUACUUUAGUUAUAGAUUUAAAUUAUGUGAUAGCUAAAUUAGAGUAUGAUAGGAAAACAGGUUGGAGAGUAUUAAAGAGGCCAUAUGCUGAUAGAUUUUUUAAAGAGUUAUCAAGUUUUUAUGAAAUCGUAAUCUGGUCAGAUGAUAAUUUUCCAGUAGCUCAAGAAGUUAUAUCUAAAUGGGGUAUACCAGCUAUUGGUUGUCUACAUAGAGAUCAAUGUUCCAAAAAAAAAAAAUCUUAUGUAAAAGAUUUAAAAAGAUUAGGUCGUAAUCUAGAUAGAGUUGUAAUUAUAGAUCAUGAUGCAAAAGCAUUUAUGUUACAACCAGAAAAUGGUAUAUUAAUAAAAGAAUUUCAUGGGGAUUUAAAUGAUAAAGAAAUGUUAUGUCUAAUUGAUUUAUUAAAAUCCUUUGCUAUAAGUACUCAUGAUAUAUCACAAUUUUUAAAAAAACAUGGUGGUGGUGAUUAUAACAUAGGAAAAAGAUAUUUACAACAAAAAAGUGAUACAGAACAAAAAUCACAGCGUAUUAGAAAUAUAGGUAAAAUUUUUCAUCUCGAUAAUAAAAAAUCUACAAAUGGCAUUUCAUUUAAUUCGUGA